AAAAAGGUAGCGACGGAAAGAGGGAGGGAUUAACCAAAGCUGUAGCAGGAAGCUGUGUUUCGUGAGGAUCCCCCACAGCUUUUUUAUUCUGUUUUCUGCGUCAGUAACAGUCAGACCGAAAGUGUGCGGCGAUCUCCUUAAGUUUCGAUUCGGUUUCCAGUUCGGAUGUGACUCCCCGCUCUGCCUGUUUCAGUGCAGGUAUGAACGAGCACUUCGAUCGGGCGCCCGGGGCCGGUCGCGGCACCCUGAAGGCCGACGGGCCUCUGGAGGGAGGUGACGCCGCGCGAUUUACGUUCAGCCAGCGGGAACCGCUGCGACAGCCCAGGACAUCGCCGUCGUUGCUGGAGAGCAGCUGCCCAGCCGGUCCUGGAGAUUCCAGGCCACCACACCCAGACCAGAUUCCUGCCAGUGAUGGUACACUGGCCAUAGGCUCGACCCUGUCUGCUGAGGCAAAGGAGUUCUACCCACUCAGCUACACCUUAGUGCAGGAACCUGGACAGGAAGACGACUCUGGCAGUUACUAUAGUGGGGAAUGGCUCGCAGAGCUGGUACAGGAGUUUGUCGGGCAGCUGGAAGCCUCUCCGGGAACCUUCGACCUGGACAUGGAGAACUUCACAGCCACACUGAAUGAGUGCAUCACGACGGAGGAGACCCUGCAGGAGCUGGUGAGGCUCAUAUACUUGCAGGCCACGUCUAUCCCAAACUUUGCCUACACUGGGGCACGACUCUGCAACUACCUGUCUCAUCAUCUGGCCAUCAGUCCUUCAAGUGGGAAUUUCCGGCAGCUUCUCUUGAAAAGGUGCCACACGGAGUACAAGGCGCGAGAUGAGGCCAUGAAGGGAAACGAGGAGGUACAGAAGGCCUUCCACUCCUAUGUGCUCUUCCUGGGUGAGCUCUACCUGAACUUGGAGAUCAGAGGAUCACAGAAACGUGCCAUGGUUCUACUGCCGGCACUGAAGGACCUUGUGCACACACUGCUUAACAAUCCCGUGGAUGGAAACCUCGUCUGCAUUGUGAAGCUGCUCAAGCUCACUGGCUCUGUACUGGAGGAUGACUGGAAGGAGAAUGGGGAGACCACCAUGGACGACCUCAUCACGAAAAUAAGAAGCAUUCAGCUGGAUGUCAGCUGCAGCAGAGAUGUGAAGGAGAUGCUGUUGAGUCUUUUGGAGCUGAGGUCCAGUAACUGGGGCCGGGUCUACUCCGGGAGUGCCGUCGUGGAGGCCACGCCUGAUAACGACCCAAACUACUUCAUGAACGAGCCCACGUUCUACACGGCAGACGGCACGCCCUUCACGGCCGCAGAUCCGGAAUAUUCUGAGCACUACCAAGACAUACUGGACAGGGAGGCCUACUGCCCAGACGUCUGUGAGGAGAAUGGCACUGAGGGGUACUACGAGGAAGAGGAUGAAAUGGACCCCGAGAUGGUAGAAGCUUAUGAGAAGUUCUGCUUGGAGUCUGAGGAGGCAAUGAGGAGGAGGAGGCAGUGAGGAAGAGGAUGAGGCACCUAAGCUUGAGCCUAGACUGGCUGGGUCAUCUUUCCCGUGUGUGUUGAUGUGCCUGGAUGUGCUGAUGCGGUGUUUAACACAAAGAAUAAGGACAAUGAGGCUUCAAUUUUAGCUAAGUUCCUGACAUUAAAAAAAAUAUGUUGCUUAGUUUACGUACGCUGCGGCCCUGCCGCGCUCUCCGCCGGGGGGGGGGGGUGAUUUCGGAGAGUGCUGUGCGUUGGGCGAUGACACCGCUGGGCUCCUUGCCUGUGUCCUCUGUCGUAGAUCUAUUGUCGGAAACGUACAGACAGACCAGUCCAGAUCUGGCAAAGGGUCAGCUUGCAUUGGCCGGGCCGAAGGGGAGGCAGACGUGUACCGCUCCCCUUCUGGGCCUGCACUCCCUCCCCCCCAUGUUUCAUUGAAGGGUUUUUUUUUUAAAUUUCUUGACCCAAAGCACAGUCCAGUGUGACCUGAUUGUGAACGCUGUUGCCAGAGAUGCAGCCUGGCCGAGGAAAGGCGAACAUAGCCAGGACGUUCAGGAAGUAGCAGUGCAGGACGCACGUCUCCGAUAUAUACGUAUAUACAUACUUGUGUGUAUAUAUAUAUAUACACACACACGCACACUGGCACCUUAUGCAAUAAAAUACUGGUGCAAAGCGGCAUGUACUUCCUUGACACAGUCUGGGUAUCUGAGUACGGUGGGAUGGCCCUGAACACCCUCUAACAGCUGUGAUUGCCCUGAACACCCUCUAACAGCUGUGAUUGCCCUGAACACCCUCUAACAGCUGUGAUUGCCCUGGGUCUCCCCUCCCCUUUGGCUGUGUUCACAUUCUGGUGGGCGAAGGGCUCAUUUGACACCACUACGCAUCCGCUGGGGUGUUUGUUCUGUGGGCCAACGCGUCAUUCACUUCUUGGAGGGUCACACGUUAAGAGUUCUGCUCUUUGCUUUAACUUGCAUGUUGUUUCAAGUGUGGGAACAUUUUAUUUUUAAAACCAUAAAAUGCGUUGGAAUGGUUAAGCUGUUUUCUCCCCUUAUUCUGGCAGUUUUGUACUAUUUUUGUAGAAACAUAGAUGUAAGAGAAUUAAUAAAGGUGAGAGCACGUACUGUC